GGUCAAGAACCUGCUGCAUCUUGCAUGGUGACAACAGCACCGAAGGCGAUGCCCAGUCACCUGGCCUCAACAGUUUGUGCUUCGUGAAAAAAUGUGAAGUCUCGGUACGGGCUCGAAACUGGAAUAUCUAGUCAGGUCCAGAGUCAUCCACCUUCGCUAAUUUACAAUUACAUUUGUAAACUCUUCAUAAUCCUAGUUUGUCAUGCCUCAAGGCCCCGAGGUUGCAUGGCGCAGUCAUCGCAUAAAGUAGACGGUAAAGCUCUAAGAAAUAUAGUAAUUAGUCAUGCUCCUGAAACAUAAAGGUCAUGUGGUUUCUUGAACUAUAUAAAUUCUCGGCCUAGAAAGAGCUUGUCAUUUGUCUAGCAUUAGCACCAUAUAUUCUUCCCCUAAUUUCUUCAAUCUUGUCCUAAUUUCCCGUUUCUUUUUUGUUGCCACCAAUUCGAUGCAAGGCCCAUCGGUCACACUUUGGUUCGGCAGCACUUCAGUGCUGAAUUCAGUAGUUUCAUUCUCAGGCGUUGUUCAGCACUGCGGCUUGGAACUGUGAAGCACCAGGCCUGAACUUUUUCAGCUGUCACUCAGAACACUCCUGGACACUCCUUUAGAUUUCCUUGACACCGGUUGAGCGUCUCAAAAUCUAGAACAUUAUACUGCGCCAUAUAAGAGCACUCGGUCACAAAUCCAGUUAACUAGAGUGCUGCUCCUAAGCAGUUCUAAAUCCGGUUCAGCGUCACUCGCUUCAGCAUCGCUUCCAGCAACCAUAGCUGAUCACCCAGCAUGGCAUCCAAGAAGAAGAGGGCAUACCGAGGCAGCAGCCGGAGGUCCAAAAGGGCGCGUCACUUCCACGAGUCCGCGGUGGGACCCAGGCAGGACGUGGCGGCAGUCAUCCAGUGCGAACGGCGAGCCCUACUGUGGGCAACCUUGGGUGUCCUUCUGGGCAUCUUCAUGUGGACCAUCUGCAUAGGGUCGGAGCAGUGGGUCCGCGUGACGGCUCCCGAGCCGGGCAUCUACGUGAACCGGACCAAGACCUUUUUCGUGAGGAGCAACAUGGGACUGUUCCGCAUUUGUAGGACCACAGCGCCAGCCACUGCCAACGGAACUCUGGGACCCGAAGACGUGUCAUGUUCCUUCUUCAGUGUGUUCCCGAGCGAGGAGCAGAUCCGGAACGACAUCGAGAUUGACAGGACAAUUUUAGAGUACACCCGUUCCGAGGUGGCCUUCUGCACCAUCAGCAUGGCGCUGCUCUUCAUGGGGCUCGGGUUCUCCGUGUACACCUUCAAGGAGCCCCGCUAUAUGUUCAAGAGGCUCGCCGGAGGAGUGCACUUCCUCAGCGCGGGGGUGAUGGUGGUGAUCAUGGAGGUAGAGACCAAUUCGAUCAACUACGAGGAGAAGUACCUGUCGUCGAGGCACCCCAAGGGUUGUCGCUGGAGCUUCGGCUUCUCCUACUACUUCUCCUGGAUCACCUUCUGCCUGUACAUCGCCGCCGGGCUCACCUUUAUCGUCUGCUCGCGCAAGCGCAAGACCGUUGACGAUAUUCAUGACGACGAUCCUCAGAUGAUUGGCCGAAUAUGAUGAGGCCUCACCAAUGAACGGGUUGGCUGAAUUUGUUCUCUUAUAGCUACCUUCGCGUUGUGUCGGGGAGACGCCGGGCAAGGCGUUAAUGUUGGCUUCACUCGGAAGAUUGGCGUCCCGAACGCUACAUGAACUGAUCUGCCACUUGGACAGAACAGAGAGUACGCAGGCUCUCGAACGGUGUGCCAAGUGAAAACCCGGAGUGAUGACAAUUAUGUGACUCUCCGUACUUCCGGUGCGCCUGUGGCGACUAAACCUCCGGAGCAACGUCGACGAAGACAGGGCUUGAGACCUUCCUAGCUUCCACGUUUUGCAGAGUGACGUGGCUUCCGCCAGACACCUGCUUGAUCCCUGGCUGCUGUAGACUUUAAAUAUUUCUAGUCUUGAAAUAACGGAGCGCUACUUCCGCUUAGAACAACUUAAAAUACUUACAGUUACGAUGCCUGAAGUACGUACGUUUCCGACCGGUGCGUUUGGCAUCCUCUUCCGAGCGUCCAUCAUAAGUGGUCCCGAAGUGGCAACAAAUGACGUCAGAAAAGUCUGAGUGUCAUGCUUUCGGAUGUCACGACCCUGGUGGUUGGUCGUUGAAGUUGCGUCAAAAAGCGCGAGUAAACGUGAGUGUCAAUGUCGUCACGGCGUCCCAACUCCUCGCUGUCGAAGAUUUCGUGGACUGUCGUCAGGCUGGAAAGCAGCCAGCAGCAAAACAGGCGCCUGCCACAUCCACUACCGCUGCUGUCACACCGCCAGGAUCGCGGCCGACGACAGCGUGAUGCUUGUAUGACGUCAUCAAACGGAAAUCAAGGGACCACUUUUGUAGACGCGGUACACUCACAGCUCAGAGACGGGUUCCAGGCACCACACUAAACUGGACCAAACUAUUUACUAUAUAGAUUCGAAAAAUUGGUUCCAAAACUCUGAGCUUCUUCAUUUUUGUUUUAAAGCCGGUAGAUUAGGAAGUUCACCUAAGGCUCUCUCUGAUAAACUUUGUGACUUAAGGAUCUCCCUGAUCAACUUUCUGAUGUAGGCAAGUCGUGCAAAAUACGAAGUAGAGAACUCCGCGUUAUGGCGGCGAUGCCGCCCAACAGCAGCCUACGGAGUGACGUCAUGGACUACAGCCAUGAUGCCUUGUGUUCUCAGAUGCCUUGGUUGAAUUGUCUGGGGCAGGCUCAGGUGAGUUUCUGAUAAUAUUCUCACAUUCACGGUACCAACCAUUACGGAAGAUUGCAGAUUCUUAGCCAUAAGAUCUACCGACGAUGUGAUUCUGAUUGCACUUAAGCAUACUACACGAGCAGACAGCUCUUCCGUUCGAAAAAUGCGCGAUCUUCUAUUUCGAUGCUCACGAAGCAGGCAUAGUUCAAACACUGCAAGAAGGAUAAUUAUCUGGAGCACUGAGAAGAAAGUGUACAAAAACACACACAAUGUCCAUCGCCUACCCAGGAUGUCCAUUGCCUACCCAGAAUAGACUCGGCAGUUUAGAAAAAUGCGACGUCCACCGAAAGCAGCCUUGGAAUGAGAAUAAUAUAAAGGCAUCUGCAAUAUCUUAUAGGGUAAGGUUAACAUCUCAGCCUGAAUACAAGUACGUUUGUUUAAGCUUUUACGCGCAGCAUGUCAGCUGACAUGGACUCAUUAGAGUUUAGACCGUCGAUAACGGACCUCCAACGAUAGCUAAAGUUUUAUGGACCAACUCCGUGCUAGUUUUCUGCAAGCGAAAGGGCAUCAAAUGGACAUGCGUGACGGUGUCAAUUACGGAAUCGUGAUUGAUCAGUUUGAUUUAAACUUAUUGACGCAAAAACACUUGCGUUAAAAAUAUUUACUAGCCUUUUGGGGAUUAUGAGAAGUAAUUGAUUAUUGACUAACUUUUGUUCUUUAUUUAUUUCUACAAUGCUGUUCAGCCAAGGAGUAUAAGUUCGGAUGAAACAGGAUAUUCUGCAUGUGUUCGGUGUUUAUAAGAAAACUGGAAUUUUCGCGAACGAAACAAAGCUGCCAAACCAUCGAUCGAAGUGCGUGUUUUUCUGUUAUAUCUAAAAUUUACAGCGGGACUGAAACGGUCGAUAUCACAGCGUAAUGUUCCCCUUUGUUCUCGAGCCAGGGAGACAAUAGCACCUUCAGUAUAUCUGCUGUUUUGUGUAGCCCACGAAACUGUGCUGCACUACAAAAAAGAAAAAAAGAAGAAGACGAAGAAGAAGAAGAAAAGCUGUUGUUUGACAAGCGCUAAGGACAAAAUGACACAUAGUUUUGUUCGCUUUUCAAAGACUUCUCGAACGGUGUCGAUUUGUUGAACUGCAAUCCAUCACAAAUAAAGAUUUCUCGUCUGGGUCGUA